CAGUCACAGUAAAUUAUGGAUUUACUUUGUGGUGGAGUGGUUGUUGCAGUUUAAAUGAUAAAUGUAGAUGUUCGGCUUUGUGUCAGCUACCAGUUGUGUUCGAACAAUGGUGAUCUUCGCUACUGCCUCUGUGUCGCAUUCAAACAAAAAUAAAAGUGUUGCCUGCGCCAGGAUGGGCGAUAUGGUUUUAUCAGACAGCCUCGGACCGCGUUCAGGAGCGCAGCAGGAGCUAUGAGGAGACACUGCUGGACUCGGAUUUGCUUGGUCGGAAGAUAGUUAUAUCUUUGUGAGAGCGCAGUGAAAAACGCGUAAAGACAGCGGCACCAUCAGUGGUAAAAGUUGGACUGAAAGUUCAUAUUCAGUGAGGAAACUGAUGCGCGUAAGAAGGGAUGCCAGCCAGGCGUGGCUUGUGUUUGAAUAUCCAAUGUGAGAAUGCGUGGGGAGUAUGUAUAUAAUAGAGUCUUUCCAUCUGAUAAACAGAGAUAUCAAACUGAUGAUUAUAGCAAAGGACGAUCAAUAAGCUGAAAGGACGCUGCUGGUUUUGGAGUCGCACGGCGCGCUGGGUGCGCUUUGGACUUGUGUAAACUUUACUCUCUCCUUGAGGCACCGAACAUUUGAAAUGCCUCCGCUUAAUUUGACAGCUGUGCACACAAUGGCAGAGGUCGGGAGUUUUCUGGGGACAAUCGACUUGGAUUUACAAACCUUUCCUGCACUCGGGACUGUGCCCUUACCGGAGCCUCCAGUGGGCUUGAAUGAGAGGCUGGGGCAGAUUGAAGGGAGGAUGCAGCGGGGGUCGACGACGGAUUUCGGGCACCUGAAGGGGAUCUUGAGGCGACGGCAGCUCUACUGCAGGACCGGCUUCCAGCUGGAGAUAUUCCCCAAUGGGACUGUGCAUGGGACAAGACAGGACCACAGCAGAUUUGGUAUCCUUGAGUUCAUCAGUCUGGCAGUUGGUCUGGUCAGCAUCAGAGGGGUGGACGCUGGACUCUACCUCGGCAUGAAUGAGAAAGGAGAGCUCUUUGGGUCGAAGCUGACUGCGGAAUGCGUGUUCAGGGAGCAGUUUGAGGAGAACUGGUACAACACCUACGCUUCGACGCUGUACAAGCACGCGGAGACGGGACGCUUGUACUACGUGGGCUUAAACAAAGACGGCUCGCCCCGGGAGGGCAACAGGACUAAAAAACACCAGAAACUCACCCACUUCUUACCCAGGCCGGUGGAGAUUGAGAAGAUCCCUCAGGCGUACAGGGACUUAUUCCAGGACAGGUGACCAGUGCUUACGCUUGGAGAACUGCUUUCAGAAAGAGAGGAGCAGAGAGGGGGUGUUGUGGAUAUUUUGGACCUGGUACAGAACUGUUUACCCUCAGCUCCCCCUGAGGUCACUGUGUUUGCGCCUCGGCCCACCGCCAAGCACUGACAUAAACAUUGAAUGUCGGCGGGAGAUGUUAUCUUGUAAAACCACUGCAUGGAUGGAGGAGGCCCACAUGACUGCUCAGCUGUGGGGGGAUCAAAUCAGGUGCCAUGUUUUCUCAAUAACCACUUUUAAGAGGUAAAGGCAUAGAUACUGAAGGGAAUGGUUUUGGCACUAAGAUGGGGGGGGGGGAAUGAAUGGUGGGCUAUGAGAACACCAUUAGAGACUUUUAGGAGUUCAACGUGACGGGAAGCACCGCAGAUGUAACUAUGUGCAUUUGUCAUGCACUAUAUAGAGUUAAGGAAGGAAAAGGGUACAUUCCACAUACACAGGGAUGGAUAUAAGAAGAAACUGUAAAGUGACAGGGUGGGAUGGUCAGGUAGAAGAAGAAUGUCUGUGAGGCAGAGAGCAAACUGUUACAAGACAAACUGGGCUUUUAUUAAGUUUACUUUAAAAUCAAAGAUAAGAAAAAGGGGAAUGAUUGAAUUCAUUGAAGAUGAAUGCGUGAUAGAUGAAGAGCACUUACUGCACAUCCCCUCCUCGAUCUGUAGGCUCACUGGUAGUCAGAGUCUAAUGAUCUCUUUUACCACAUUUUAAAUAUCAAAUGGCGUCUUGUAGCAUUUGUAUGCCAUACAGGCUAUCAAGAGUCGGGACAAAAGCACUUCUCUGACUGUGGUUAUAAAGAAUUGUGAGGGGAUGUUUUUAAAGGAUGGUGACUUGUAAUGUUCAUAGUGUCCGGAACAUUACUAAAAAUGCAAGCAGCAGAGGUGUACAUAUGGGUGAUCCUAUUUAUGAGAUGUACAAUAUAUUUAUUUUCUACAUAUAAAGUAUAAAUAUAUAUAUUUAUUUAUUGCAAA